CCGAAAAAAUCAACACUUAACACUUAAACUAUUGAACCGAUUGGAUAAUAAUGUAAAAACCAAUUAUUGGAAAUUCGAUUACCUUUAAAAUCACGUCUUGCGCGACUCAAUCGGACGUUUCUAACUCGAGAUAUGGCUUAAAAUAGGAGUGUAUGUCAGAAAAAAAUCGAAAAAAAUGCAAAAAUUCAUAUAAAAAAAACCUAUUCAUAGAAAAAAUUUUUCUUACGAUUUUCGAGUUUAGUAGACCAAAAUACAUAAGAAAAAAUUGUGGCAUUGAAUGUACAUUUUGGCUGUAAACUAGUGUAAUUGAUUUGAAUAACCACACUUGAGCGUUGAACAGCCCAAACGCCCGUAUUAGACGGCCCUGUUCGCGCUUAUUGGAGAACACGGUCCUAAAAGAGUCAUCGGUUCUCUAGCACGUCCCUGGCGGCGCCUUCCCACCCGACGCCAACGACACCACGCUGGUUACCGUCAGGGCUGCUAUCGGGUCGCCGCCAGUCGUUGGUUCAGUCGACGUUUAUAAGCCGAGCCGCGACACGGAAACGAGCGGAGGCGCGCGUUUUCGAAAAAUCUAUGGUGAUACCCUCUUCGUUCAACCCCUAACAUAUCGUUGCGUUCCGUCCUUAACCCACGCGACGAUUGUGCAUCAAGACUUGUGGCGAGAACGAUCGAACUACCUGCGAACCUACCCUGUGUCGUCGUCAACCUUGUUCAGCUCGGCUUUUUAUCGAUCGCGCCUCUUUCGAAAGGGCUCUCCAGAAUCACCGAAGAGGGUCGAAAGCUGAAUCCGCGAAGACGAAACAGCGAAGAUGGCGGAUAAGAUUUACUACCCCAAUCCGGAUAUCUCCCAGAACGCCCACUGCAGUUGCAUGGAGCAGUACAAAAGGAUGCACGAAAAGUCUGUGAAAAAUCCACCGGAAUUCUGGGGUGAAAUAGCGAAACAAUUUUAUUGGGAAACUCCUGUGGCAGAUGAUAAGUUCUUUUCGUACAACUUCGACUUGAACAAAGGUGAUAUUUUCAUAAAAUGGAUGGAAGGGGCCUCGACAAACAUAAGCUUCAACUUACUGGACAAGAAUGUGAAGAGCGGAAACGGCGACAAAAUUGCGUUUUAUUGGGAGGGCAACGAUCCGGACGAUUAUUCACGGCUGACUUACAGGAAAUUACUCGAGGAAGUAUGUAGAUUCGCCAACGUUUUGAAAUCGAAAGGAGUGACGAAAGGAGACCGUGUCGCGAUAUACAUGCCGAUGAUUUUGGAACUUCCUGUUGCCAUGUUAGCGUGUACCAGAAUCGGCGCCGUCCACAGUGUAGUGUUUGGAGGGUACUCGGCGGAUUCGUUAGCUGAGAGGAUCUUGGAUUCAAAGGCGAAGGUUCUGAUUACGACCGACGGAGUGUGGAGAGGCGAGAAGCUUCUUGUCCUGAAGACAAUCUGCGACGAUGCUGUGAACAAGGUCAAAGAACACGGCCAUGUAGUCGAGAGUUGCGUGGUAGUCGCCCACCUGAGGAGACUUAGUGCUCCGCAGGGUCGCAAAGACACACAGGGAAAGACAAAUGGAGUAAACGGGACGAGCGACGGAAACGGCGUAGGAAUUCCUAAUAUCCCGUGGGACGACGAUCGGGAUUGUUGGUGGCACGAUGAAAUGGAAGAGGCCGAAAACAGAUGUUAUCCCGUUUGGAUGGGUGCGGAAGAUCCUCUUUUCAUUCUAUACACGAGCGGCUCCACGGGUAAACCUAAAGGCGUUCUCCACACAACAGCUGGAUACUUAAUUUAUGCAGCCACGACGUUCAAGUAUGUCUUCGAUUAUCAUCCUGGCGACGUGUAUUGGUGUACAGCUGAUAUUGGUUGGAUUACUGGCCACACUUACGUUGUGUAUGGGCCCCUAGCAAAUGGAGCCACUUCUGUAAUCUUUGAGGGUACACCGUUUCAUCCGGACAACGACCGAUACUGGUCAGUCAUCGACAAGUACAAAGUUUCGCAAUUUUACACGGCGCCGACCGCUCUCAGAUCGCUCAUGAAAUUCGGAGACGAUCUGGUGAAGAAACACAAUCUGUCCACUCUAAAGGUGUUAGGUUCUGUAGGUGAGCCGAUUAACCCCGAAGCUUGGCUUUGGUUUUACAAUGUCGUCGGACGCGCAGAAUGCAGCAUAGCGGAUACAUUCUGGCAAACGGAAACCGGAGGCCACGUUAUUACGCCUCUUCCUGGCGCUACACCUAUGAAACCUGGCUCUGCAACGUUUCCAUUCUUCGGUGUUUUACCAGAACUGUUGGAUGAAGACGGUCGAUUGAUCGAAGGGGAAGGAGAGGGAUUCCUAGUUUUCCGUCAACCAUGGCCAGGAAUGAUGAGGUCGCUGUUUGGAAAUCAUCAACGGUUUCAGAAUACGUAUUUUGAUAGAUUCCACGGAUUCUAUUGUACGGGUGACGGAGCUAGGCGUGACGCUGACGGUUAUCUGUGGAUAACAGGUCGCAUUGACGAUAUGUUAAACGUUUCUGGUCACCUAAUGUCCACUGCAGAAGUAGAAAGCGUAUUGACGGAACAUACCUCGGUGGCCGAGGCCGCUGUAGUCAGUAAACCGCACCCUGUGAAAGGACAAUGUCUCUAUUGUUUCAUAACGCCCAACGAUGGUUCGGUGUUUGAUAAGAAGCUUCAAGAUGAGCUUAAAAAGAAAGUGCGCGAUAAGAUUGGCGCUUUCGCUCAACCAGACAUCAUCCAACACGCGCCCGGUUUGCCAAAGACACGAUCAGGGAAGAUUAUGAGACGUAUACUCAGAAAAAUCGCGGCAGGAGACAAGAACGUCGGGGACACCUCGACGUUAGCCGAUGAGAACAUCGUCGACCUCCUCUUUCAGAUGAGGCCGCAGGUUUAAAGAUGCAUCAUCGACGUAGCCAUCAUCGAAGGAAAUGCCGUGAAACCAAAUCUCCGGUUAUAGUUACUCAACAAAAAUCCAAAAAAAAAAGAACGCGAAACGUUAUUGUUAAAAGCGACAAAAAAGAGUAACUUGUUGAAGUCGAGAGAAAUUUAACCCUCUACUGUAUAACAUACUCGAUUGGGAAUCUAACAAAAUCUCGCUAAAGUUAUGUGACAAAGGAAGAUUGUUCAUUAGACAAUUUUAAAAAAUUGAAUUUUUCUGGAGUUGUACUCCGAAUGAUGUUAACAACGUAGCUAUUUUUUGUUUCAGUUAUGAAACCAAGAAUAUUAUUGUUAUUAAUAUUAAAGUAUCGUAUAAACUGAAUUCAAAAUUCUAUGGUUUUUGAAAUCCUGCGAUAUGGUGAAAAUUUCUUUGAAAAUUCAUAAUAAUAAUAAAUUAAAUAUUUAUCUUAGGGAA